CCCAGAACUUUUGCAAUCAGACAUCAUCUGAUUUCUGUCGAGACAGUAUUGUAGAAGCAGUACUCUCUGAAGCCUCUUAUAAGCAGCUUAUAGGAAGCUUCAUUCUACCCACCGCUGCAAAGGAACGUGAGGAGCAACCCAGUGGGACAAGGGCAACAUCAUGAAGACAUUACUCAUUGUGUCUCUUCUGGCUGCAUUAGCAGUGAUCACUCUAUGCUAUGAGUCCCAUGAGAGCAUGGAAUCCUAUGAAAUGACUCCUUUCAUUAACAGGCGAAGGGCCAACAACUUUAUGUCACCUCAGCAGAGGUGGAGAGCUAAAAUCCAGGAGAGGACCAGAGAACGCACCAAGCCUACCUAUGAAAUCCAACGGGAAGCAUGUGAUGAUUACGCUCUCUGUUCACGCUAUGCCUAUAUUCAUGGAUAUGGUGCUGCCUACAAUCGUUAUUUCAGGCAGCAAAGAAAUAACUGAAUCUGGGAUUUUGGAGUCUCCCUUUCCAGAGCCUGGAGCCUGGAUUUGUAUGCAAAUACAGUAGUAUCAUUGAAACAUAAGGAUGACUUCUUAACUGCAUGUUACUUCAUCUCCUACUUUUGUCUUCUUCCUUGAUCAAAAGAUUAUUAGACUUUCCAUUACAUCUUUCAAUAAGUGUAGUGGAGGUCAGAGGGGAACUGGGAUUUAUGCUUACUGCAAAAUAAACUCCUGGUUUGAUACCUUUAUUCUAUAAGUUCAAUUUUUAUGAAGACCCUGUUGAGUUGCUUAAUAUUCUGCACACCUAACUCACUGGAGGAUCUGCCAGAGUGGACAUUCAACACAUAUAUAGGAUCAAUUUGAGAGUGAAUUUCUUAAAUUCUGUUAGUUAUGGAAUCCUUUCUAUGAACAGGGUUGGUGGGGAGGAAAAGGGAAGAGUCUAAUAUGCCAUUUAUGUAUCCAUGAUACACUUUCAUCCCUCUCUAUCAAGGACUGGUGCUUGAUUAUUUCUGCUAACAUAUUACUGAGUGUUUUGCUUAUGUAACUUUUAAAUGUCAUGACUGUAUUUUUAUGAGAGGAUGGGGAUCAUUGGGAAGUGACAAUGAUGUAAAAUAAGAAAAAAAGCA